AUGGCCGAUCUGCUCAUGGACGGCCUCACCUCGAUGGGCAUGGAAGACGACAUUGAAGACGAAGACCCGCUGGACGCCUACAUGCGGACGCUGCAGGCUGCACCGAGCCGCGAGCCGGUGGCGACUGCGCGCGACUUCCAGCGACGGCUCGCGCCCGGCCUCGACGCGAGGAUAAAGAACCGCCGGUACUGCAAGCUCCAAGAGCUGCUGCGGACGUCCAACUACUUUUCGGACGAGAACAUGGAGCGGCGCAGCCCGAGUUUGUUUCACUUCCACCUCGGUCGGUACAUUCCGCCCAACACCUCGGCGCGGGCCGAGCCAGCGUCGCUCUCAACCUUCUUGAUGGCGUCCAUGGACAAGCAAGCGCUCGAAGCAAGGAAGGAAGAGGAAGAAAGCGCAUGGGGAAUGAUGCGGCACCAUCGACCGGCGCCCAUCAAAGAGCCUGCCCUGAACAACCAUGGUAGCUUUGAAGAAGAAUUCGACUCGGACAGUGACGACGAAGCGCAAGACGAUUCGAUGGACGACGUGGCAGCAGAUCCGCAGGGCAUGGUCUACGAUGACGACGACGAAAUGGAUCAGCUCAGUAUCGAGGAGCGGCGGCAGCAGCUCGUCGACGUCAUGUGCCAGCGCUUUCUCCAAGGUCUCGAUGUGGGCUUCACCAAGUACGACGAAGUGGACGACAGCAUCGCGUACGAUGACUUUACGGCGCUCACACGGGACGCGCACGAUGCGUAUUUUGAUGACGAAGAGUAG